AGUGGCGGAGGGAGGUAGUCGGUCUCUCAGAGACAGCAAGUACAUCUGUGGGCUAUCACGACGGCGACGACGGCGGCCGCGGUGAGGGCGGCGGCCGCGCCCGUGCCCGGGGGUGAGGGGCGGCUCGGCCCCGGGCCUCCGGGGUGACCAGGUCGGAUCCACUGGACUGCGAACCGAGGGUGCUUCCCCCUUAAUAUCUCCUGGACAUCUGGUGUACAUCGCUUGCAGCCAUGCAUUCCCUAGUGUUCCUGUGUGCCCGUCAGGUCAUCCAGGACCAGGUCUUUGCAUGCCAGGCCCUGGCGUUCCUGCCCCAGGAGCUAUAUGCAGUCCUAUUCAAGGCAGCCUUUCUAGACAGAAAAACAUUGGUGCUGCAGAAGCUGGUACAGAUGUGGCCUUUCCCUCUCCUUAGCUUCCAGCAGCUACUUCGAGAGAAUUCAGAUUCCCGAUGGAUUCCACUACAGGAAAGGCCAACAAAGGAGAGCGUACAGGCUGUGAUCCUGGGGCUCUCUGCACGACUAAGGGAGCCACCCCCCCGCAGGAAGCUGCAGUUGCAAUUGUUGGACAUGACAGGAAUUCUGGAUUCUGGCUAUGAGGAAGACCUUACAACCAUGACCAUGUGGUCCCGCACAGUGUCUGUGAUCCAGACCUGCAUCAUGGGUCAGCUAAACAAAUCCUUAAGACAGAGACGUCGGCGAGCCAAGCGCAGGAAGGCAGUGCCACCCCUCUAUACUCCUACCCCUAUAGAGGUUCGAGUAGAUCUCCGGGUGACCCACAGCUCCUAUGGGUUUCUAAAGGAUACGUUACAGACAAGUGCUUUUAGCCCUCUGCGCCUUUGUUGUAGAGAUUUCCGGGCCGAAGAACUCCCUCUGAACAGCACUGUAGAUAUGUUGGAGUUACUGGAUCCCAUGCACUUGCGCCGAAUAGACCUGUGCUUCAAUAGCCUGGAGUUAUCUGGCCUUUGUGAACUUAUGGUUCCUAUCGUGAAGUUCACCAACUUGCUGAGUCUAAAACUACAGUACAGCUAUGUGGACCUAUGGCAGCUCUCAUCUGAAGCAGAAGACAGCUUCCUUAUAUUUCUCUCUGAACUUAAGAAGUUGAACCGCCUCAGAGAGCUCAAUAUGGGUUCCUCUUGCCUUUCUGGUCGGCUGGGUCAGCUGCUCAGCAGCCUACAGAGUCCCCUGGAGAGCAUGGAACUGGCAUUCUGCUAUCUCCUCCCUGCAGACUUGAGGUACUUGGCCCAAAGCCCACAUGUCACCAACCUUAAGAAGUUGGACCUCAGCGGCAACAACCUUUCAGGGGCCCUCCUUGGUCCCUUUCAGAGUGUGCUAAAGGCAGUCUCCACGUCUUUGAAGCUCCUGAACGUGACCGAAUGUGAACUUAUGGACACCCAUCUUAUUUCCAGCUUACCAAGCCUGUGCCGCUGUGUCCAACUCCGCUACCUGGGUCUCUAUGGCAAUCCCCUCUCUACCUCUGCACUCAAAACCCUGUUGCUUCGGUCAGAGGUACUGCCUGAGCUCCAGCUCGUGGUGUAUCCAUUUCCUGUGGACUGCUAUGAGAUUUUGCCAUGGCCACCUCCUGCUGCCAUCCUCCUGGAUGAGGAGAAGUUUGCUCAUGUUCAGGCUGAAUUACACCAGAUGUUAGUGUCAGCUGACCGAGCUAAUGUGCUGUGGACCACAGAUGUCUAUGGUCCUAACAUGCCUGACUACUUUAGCUUAUAACUGGUGGGCUGCCUGCCAGGCAUGGAGAAGACCUCCUAGGCAUCCAUUCUUCCUGGAGUAGAGAGGAGACCGCAAGUAGCUCCUGUGCUGACUCUUAAUGGGACACACAAGGAGUCAUGAGGCCUUCUCUCUUGCUGCUUGUUAUCUUUAAAUAGUAGGAAUUCUAGCUUGUCUAGCAGAGGCAUGGAGCUAACUUUAUAGUUGGGGGUGGGAGGGAUUGGGGAGGGUAUGUCUGUUAGAAUAAUAUUUAUAAAAACCCACCAAGUUUAUGAGAACCUAGGAGAGCUAGGUUACCUUCUAGGAUAUCAUAUAUCAAAAGUGGGUCAGAGGGGCUUUUGGUUCCUGUCAAGGACACCAGAUAAACCAGGCCAGAUAUUCAGAAAAGGUUGUCCUUACAUGUGUCUGGUUUACUCUCUAUAGCAAUCCCAAGGGGGUGGAGAAAGCCUUCAUAUUAAUCUAUUUUAUAAGGUUUAUUCCUAUGUCCUCAGGACAUACUGGGCUGAUUUAUCCCAGAUGAGCACUUAAAAUCUUAUUAUAGUGCUCAGUUGAUGGUUAAGUAUACCAAGGAGACUCAUGAGUUUUCCCUGGCCAGUAUAGAAUGCUGGUGUUAGGGUUUGGUUUCAGAGUCUCUAAGGAUCUUACUGUAGCCAUCCAGUGGGCUCAAUAUGCUUACUUAUUUCUGAACCAUAGUGAUGUUUUUUGUAGAUAAAUGACUAUAAGCAAGUAGCAUGACCUUGCUUAGCAUUGCCCUUUAAAUUCUGUGGUUGAACAUUUGGGUGUUUGGGGAUAUUUGAAUUGACUAUUCAAACCGUGAAUAUUGACCCAGAAUAGAAGGUUUUCUUUGUCUUUGAUAGAGAGUAUUGUCUUUAGAUUGAGUAAGGUACCCCUUGUUUUUAAUGUCUUCUUUUUGGUAUGUAUUUCCUGUUGUAUCUUCCAGGUGAUUGUAUAGGGGCUGGAAAGUUCUCCAAAUGAGCUCCCUGUUCUCUUUUCCCAGGUUAUUGUCUGAGUUCUUGUUCGUUUUAGGGGAGUGUCUAAGUAGUGGCCCAUAUUUAAGGUUGGUGUCCCCAGAGAGGGAUACCACAUAGCAUAGGAAUUAUAGAUGAGUCCCGCUUUUUGGCUAAAGUUACCCUUAACUGUGCCCCUCUUCAUUUAAGGGGAGUUCUAUACUACCAAGGUGGAAUAGGGGGCUACAAUAGUGAAAGUCAGGUUCUCUGGUUUCUCUGUUUUCUUCAUAGACCAUCCUUUGACAUGUUGCAUACAACAACAUUACACCUUUCCAAAUUACAAAGCUUAAUGCCAACAAAAUACAAAUGAAUUUCUUACUGUUUGGACUUGAUUUUGCAGAGCCAGUAGCUUGGCCACCAUUUGGUACAGAUCCAGAAGCCUUUGUUUCAAUGGAAGUACUCCUUUGAUUGGUAUGAGGAAUGUUCCAUUUCUUAAAGGAACAUUCAUGCUUGACAAGUAAAGUUAGAUAAGAACUGCAUCUCCUGCUGUUCUUCUAAGGGGUGUACUUAUAUUGCUUAUGCUCUCUACACUUGUAUACAUGUUGUAUUCUCCAUGCCAAUUACAGCAUGUUCCCUGGGUUAAAGUAAGUGAUGAUGAUAGUAAUAAAAAUAAGUCAGCUUGGAUUUUAUAUCCAGGAAGUAGUUCAGUGAUUGACAAUAAAAAUCUAUUUAUACAUACAUAUACACCUUUUCUUACUUUAGCAUGGUUCACAUUUCAUAUAGUUCCUUUUUUUAAUCUCAAAAGCAGAGCUUUUUAACUCUAGACAAGGGAGAAGUCUUGAAUUAUUUUAGAGCCAAAUUAAUCUCCAAGUUAUUCCAUUCCUAAGAUCACAGUGCACAGUCCAUAUCCACUCACAGCUUUGUCGUUCGGCAGAAUAUUUUCUUGUACUUUAAAUUUUCACCUUGCAUAUAAAACUAUAUUUUCAUACUUUUGGAUACAUGUACACACUUAAAAUUUACUUGAAUAAUACAUUACUUUUCAAGGCAUUCAGACUACUAAUUUGCCUGAAAGGGGGAGUCACAAAUAUGUCUAUAUUUGGUUCCUAUGCACAGUUAUUUUUAAUUCUUCCAAAUACUUAAAGUUCUCUCAGUACCUGUGAAAUGAGCUCAAACAUUAUCAGGAAGUGAAUACUUCUUCCUCUGUCAGUUAAAAAACUGAUUUUCCUAAUUGUUACUCUUUAAUAUAGGCAGGUAUAAUGGUUGGAUUUCUAGCAUGUCCUUGUUCAUCAGUUUGUUUCUUUUGUGCCAGGGGUUCAUUUCUGAACUAAAGGUUAUAGGCACUAACAUUCAUUCUUAAGAUUGUAUUAUCCUCAUAAUCUAUGGCUAGUACAAUUCAUUUAGCCCUGCUGUUCUUUUUUUUUUUUUUUUUUUGAGGCUAUUGGGGUUAAGUGACUUGCCCAGGGUCACACAGCUAGUAAGUGUCAAGUGUCUGAGGUUGGAUUUGAACUGAGGUUCUCCUGAAUCCAGGGCCAGUGCUCUGUCUACUGUGCCACCUAGCUGCUCUGAUGCUGCUGUUCAUUUUUAAUAUUUUUAGACGGCAUUAUUUUUCUGGUUCUAAAUGUCUUAAUCCCUUUGAAACCUGAUUUCAGGGGGACUGACAUGAAAUAUUCUCCUAGAAAUAAGAGCCUCUGUUAUCCAAGAAGAGUAGAGGUAGGGCAGGGAGAGGUCCUUAACAUUUUGUGUCAUGGACGCUCUUGGUACUGAUGAAGCCAGCGGAUCCCUUCUCAGAAUGAUGUUUUUAAGUGCAGCGUAAAAUAUGUAGAAUUACAAAGGAGAUCAGUUAUAUUGAAAUACAGUUUUUCUUUUUUUUUUAACAAGUUCAUAGAUCCCAGGUUAAAGAUCUAGGUUAAAGGGGACAUUGGGCAACCAGUUUGUACCAUGGUUUAGUUAUGGAGGAUAGGGGUAACAAAGAGUUUGCCAUUGUAAGCCAGGAAAUCACCUACCCAAAUUCAUUGUAGUUUUUCUAACCCAAGGGUUAGAAAGGUUUUUUGUUUGGUUGGUUGGUUGGUUUGGUUUGGUUUUUUUAGCGAGGCAGCUGGGGUUAAGUGACUUGCCCAGAGUCACACAGCUAGUAAAUGUCAAGUUUCUGAGGCUGGAUUUGAACUCAGGUCCUCCUGAAUCCAGGGCCAGUGUUCUAUCUACUGCACCACCUAGCUGCCCCAGAAAGGGUUUUUGAUAGACUUCACUGAGUUAGACAUAUGUGUCAUGACUCAGUUAUUAUGGGAGCUUUGAAGGAAUUUUUUAUGCUAACAAUAGCAUGAAUUUUAACACAGGGGAUAUCUAUAAUUUUUAAGGUGUCUUGCUUCAGAAAACUAUAGCCCAGUCUUGUGAAAGGGCAAAUUAAUAGGAAAGAGGUUGGUCUUUCAUGCCUCUCUUAAAAUAUGCUAACCUACAAAUAGACUAGUAACAGAGUCUCAACUAUCUUUGGACUAGGGGGUCAAAUGUAAGCUAUAGAGUGGGAACCUUAGAAAUUGUCUAGCCUACCUCCUGAUGUUAGAAAUUAGGAAACUAAUUUGUUGCAGAGAAGUUGCAGAGCUGGAGUUCAUACCUUUAUUUUCUGAUCCCCAAUUCAUACAUCUCCUAAGAUACUAUGCAGUCUCCUUUUCCUAUUAAGACAUAAUGGUGAUUUUAUCUCUUGGGUAGCUUUUGGUGUAGCUCUGGAGCCUUGGCAUUAAUGAGUAUAUGAUUAUUGUGGAGCAUUAUUAUUACAGUUGCUGGGGGUUUAGAGGAGGUUUUGGUGGGGGAGGAGGUAAUCAUGCUCACUGGGUAAGAGGAUUUAGGGUCCUGAGUCCUAGUGGUAGUGAAAGGGCUCUUGUUUUUUUGCGUGUGUGUGUGUGUGUGUGCGUGUGUGUGUGUGUGUGUGUGUGU